CCCUGCGCUGUACAUAAUCAGUAGUAGGCUUCCUCGAGUUCCUGGAACGCCUGCCCCCCCCGAAGCAGCGGCAACAACGAGAAAUCGACAGAAUAAAUCACAAUAACCGCCAUCAUGGCCUUCUUCCUGAAAUCGUUCCGCAGCUCGCUGAUGCCCAAGCAGCUGCUGCGCUUUGCGCUGUCGCGGCUUGAAGUGCUCGACUCGCAGACGCUCGACUUGGACAACCUCGACUUUGCGCUGGGGAGGAAUACCGUGCUCGAGUUUCGAGAUGUCGGCCUCGUUCUGCAGAAACUCGAACAGCUCCUGGAGCUCCCCCCGACCUUCUCAAUACAACGAGCCAAGAUACUCGUGCUCCGCGUUACCAUCCCUAUGGACUUCUACACAAGCCCGAUAACAGCCGAGAUCGACGGCGUCGACGUCAGGUUAAAAGUGGCGUCCAAGGAACAAGCGACGAAGCGGAGGAAGAGCCAAGAUAGCCACGAAGUCGUCCCCACCGCCGUCGACCUCGCCCAGUCCUUCUUAGAAACCCAGCCGUCGUCCGAGAAGAAGGAGCUCGAAGAAGCCCUGGUAGCCGAGUCGCAGGACCUCGGAGCCUCGAUAACCUCGAACGCGUCAGAGGCCGACGACGACAGCUCCUCGUUUGGCACCGGCCAGGCCUUGUCUCUGCCUACCUUCCUCGCCGAUUUCCUUCAGGGCAUCGUGAACAGGAUGCAGAUUCGUAUCCAGGGUGUCACAUUCCAGGUCGAUAUGGAAGUCCCUGUUGACCCCAGCACUCCGACUGCUGAGCUGGUCACCUUCCAGCUGUCGCUGGACAGCGUCAAGGUUGAGGGUGUUACGACGACGACAGGUGAAGCGGACGGAAUUCCGGCUCUUGUUCCCAAGGAGGGCAAGCGGCACAUCUUGCUAGACAACAUCCGCGCCUUUUUGAUAUUAGAGGCGAACGUCUUCUCGACGCUGACGCGGUCUCCGUCAAUGCCAUCUUCGGCUGCCUCGCGGUCGCCAGUCACAACCCCCGCACAAUUAUUCUCCCACCCAAGCGCUGGACUGGAGAUGAGCAUGGGUUCAGAUGCUUUGGCGAGGUCAGAAGAGCUUGCGCAGAGCCACUACACUUUGCAAGACAGCGAGGACGCUUUCGACAUCCCAUACGACUUUGACCCUAACGAUAUUGAAGACGACGUUGGAGAGCCGGCUUCGUCCUUGUCCACCCCGAGAGCCUCCAUAUAUCAAGACUUCUCCCCGCGAUCACCCCUCGAGGAGCGCGCGCAGUCGGAAAUUGUAGAACCUGAACCAGCUCCAUGGGCGACCUUCGAUCGGGAGGCCCAGUCUGAACCCUAUCUCCGAGAGUCAGAAGACUCAUUAGCGCUGCAUACCACAUCACCAGGCGUCUCUGUUUACUCUGGAUCAGGCAGCUCUGGCUCUGGUGCUUCUAGAGCAGAAGACUUGACGCAGUCACAUCUCUACAGCCACGAAGACGCCGAGAGCAUGUACAUGAGUGCAUUUUCCCAAGCCCAGUCGGUCAAGCUGCGUAAUUCCAUGCCAGGGUCAUGGGAUGAGGAGGAAUCAUCACUAGAAGAAUAUUCCUCACCCCGGGACGUGGUUGCGUCUCCUCCCCGAAGCCCUCAGUUCCAGUCGUCACCGGAGCCGGAAAUACGAGAUACACCGGCUCAAGAGGACGAUGCUGUUGCUGAAUCGACGCUGUUGCAGCUACUAGUUGAGCGGCCCCUGACCCCUAUUGACACGGCAGUUUCUAGCGAGGUGAAGCCAUCAUCUGCAGAAAAUUCCCCCGUUGUAGACCCGGAGCCGCAGCAGGAUGAUAUUCCCACGCCUCGCGGACCAACCCGUUUAGUCAAGGAGAUUGUAUCCUUGAGCUCCAUUUCGGUCUAUAUCCCAUCAGCACCCAAGCGCAUCCAAAUCUACAGCCCUGACCUCGGCAAGUCUGUUUCGCCGAAUCUCCCAGGGACAUUCUCCGUCCACUCUGCCGCACCUACGAGCCCAGGGCUUGCUCCUAUCCCGGUGAUCUCAGAAGAAAGACCCCACGACAACUCUGUCGAGAUUAUCCUGCGUCCUGUGGAAAUUCGGUUUGAUGCCUCAAUUGGUUUUUUACUGGCCAUGGUUGUUUCGCGGCUGCUCGAGGCUACCCAAAGCCCGCCAAGCGAGAGCCGCGAUUCAGGGGCAACCAAGCCGAGCCCGAAGACGCCAGAUAUCAAGCUCAUUAUCGAGGAACUGUCUUUAAAUUUCUUCGAGAAGAUCGCGGGUGUGGCAGAUACGCCCCAAAGGCUGUUCGAAAAACGCACUGUCGGGUUCGACUCGGACAUCCUGCUCAAGGCUAGCAUAACUGAUCUCAGAGGGUCCGUUUCUAAAUCGGGUCCGCAGACCGAAGCGAGCAUCAGCAUCGAGAAGUUCCGGUUUGGCUAUGCAAACGAUGAUAUCAUUUCGUUCGACCGUCAAGUCCAGAUGUAUGAGUCGGUGGCAAACACGUUCCCAACGGCUGGGCAGGACAUAUCUGUCAAUGUCACCAGCUCGUCUGAUUUCUCGAGAGCUGAGAUCAACACGCUGCCACUCCAUGUUAAGCUGGACCUACAGAGACUGGAUGAAACAUUCAGCUGGUUCGGCGGGCUGAGUAGCUUCCUUAACAUGGGCUCCUCAAUUACGUCAAACGCGCCAAAGGGGAACAAGAAUCCAACGAAGGCGGCCCAGAAACCGCGCGGCGUUCGAUUCGAAACCCCCAUCAACCCGGAUGACCGCACAGCGAGCAAGGAGAACAAGACCGACUUGCGCAUCAACGGCCUCCGUGUGGAUGUUGUCGGCAAAGAAUGUAGCGUCGUAUUGAAUACGAGCGCCCUCAAACUGGUCAGCAGAGAGGAGGGAAUCGGCAUCCAUUUCAGCAGGGUGCGGUUGGCCGGCCCGUAUCUGAGAAAUUCCCGAGCCGAAGUCCCGGUUGUUGUAGAGAUUGCAGAUACGAGGCUCGAAUACAUCAUGCUUCCUCGAACGAAGGACUUGGAGAGACUCCUGGAGCUUAUUACGCCCUCGAAGGUGAAGUUCGACGAGAACGAGGACGAGAUUAUGGUGGACACGCUUCUCAGACAACGGAGAAAGGGCCCCGUUCUUUCUCUGACUGUCAGCAGGGUUAGAGUUGAUGCGGGUAGGUUACAACAACUGGCCUGCCUCCCAGGCCUUGUCGAAGACCUCGCCAAGCUCGGAACGGUUGCCAAAUACCUGCCCGAAGACGACCGGCCAGGUCUUUUGACGCUCGGUCAAGUCAAGCAUAUUGAAUGCGAAAUUGAGAUUGGGGGUCGAUUUGGCGCUAUCCAGGCAUCCCUCAGAGACGUCGACCUGGCGAAUAUCUCGGUGCCCUCGCUGGUAGCUGUCGCCGUCGGCUCAAUCUCUGUCAACCGGAACCAGAUAGAAGAGCUUGUGGGCACCUCGAGUACGGCAGCAUCCGGCAUCACGCAGAAGCCGCCGGUUCUAAUGAUGAGGAUGAUUGACGACAUCGAGCCGGUUCUCAAGGUCAAGCUCAUGGGACUGAGCGUCGAGUACCGUGUCCCCACCAUUAUGGAUGUGUUGGGACUGUCAGAAGAUGCCACGCCCCAGGACUUUGAAGCCGGGCUCGCCGCCUCGGUCGCGAACCUGGGAGAUCAGGCACAUUCGGUGAUUAAAGGAGCACCUUCAAGCUCAGCAAACCCUGUAGAACAGGUAAAAGCCGCGAAACCCAUUAAGGUUGAUGUUGCUUUUCGCGACUGUAUUGUCGGCCUUAACCCACAUCACCUCCCUUCCAAAUUGGCUCUCGUGCUUACGGAUGCGCGUGUCGAGGCGACUCCCGGGAAGAACAACACGGUUCACGCGGUUGCUUCCUUGAAGAAGGCCUCGGUUCUCUUGAUUGACGAUAUCUCGAUCUUGGACUCGGACGAGCCGCCCUUUGCCUCAACACGGCAGUCGGUCGUCACGCCAUCCCCCCAAGUCAGGGAGCUGUGCGGUAUGGGAUAUGUCAAUAUUUGCCAGAUCUCCUCUGCCAAAGCGACGGUGAAGAUUGUCAAAGAUUCCGAGGACGAAUCCCAUGUAGAGAUUGAAGUCAGGGAUGAUCUCUUGGUUCUCGAGACUUGCGCCGACUCGACUCAGACGCUCAUCGCUCUGGGCAAUGGCCUUAAGCCGCCAACCCCGCCAAGCAAAGAAGUCAAAUACAGGACGUCGGUCGUUCCCGUUGAAGAUCUCUUGGCAUCCAUCACCGCAGAUGCAUUCGGCAAGGCUGAGGGCGACUACGAUUUUGACAAUGAUUUUGCCAUGGCCCAGGAGCUUGGUGACUUUGGAAGCGAAUACGACGAAUAUGAAGACCACGACAGCCCACUUCAACUAGACUCUCAGUACUACGACGAAGGCGCCGUCCAGGAGGAGUUGUUCAAUGCCACGUCUUCUUCCAUGUUGGGGGAGCGCACGACUGUAGAGGAAACCAGCGAUGGCAUCCUGCUCAGCACUGCGAGCUUCGGAGCUGACAGCGGCAGCGAUGACCUUCGCGUCGACGACAACUUCUUCGGCUCGGCAUCUGUAGUCCGGGGCACAGCUCACCGCUGGAACUCGAAGAAGAACACAUAUGACCAAUCUAACGAUGUCAAGGUCCAGCAGAGCCCCUUAAAGCUUUGCGUCCGCGACGUGCACGUCAUCUGGCACUUGUUUGACGGCUACGACUGGGCACGCACUCGAGAGGUCAUUACCAAGGCCGUCCAGGAUGUUGAAGCAAAGGCGUACGAGCGGCGCGCUCGGACCGACCGCCGGGGUGUCUACGAGAAAGAGGUUGAGGAUGGGGAUACCGUUAUUGGCGAUUUCCUGUUCAAUUCUAUCUACAUCGGUAUCUCAGCCAACCGCGACCCUAAGGAGCUGGCGCAGGCCAUCAACCAGGACCUGCAAGACAACGCCACGGACACGGAGUCAAUUGCCACCACGGCCGUCACCGCCACCACGGCCCGGCCCGGCGGGCAGCAUCGAUCAAAGUCCAAGAACCUGAAGCUGAACAGGAGCAAGCGCCACAAGAUCACGUUCGAGCUCAAGGGCGUGAACGUGGACCUGGUCACCUUCCCGCCCGACUCAAGCGAGACUCUGAAUUCCAUCGACAUCCGCAUCAAUGACAUCGACGUUUUUGACCACGUCCCAACAUCGACGUGGAAGAAGUUUGCCAUGUAUGACCACGACGCUGGCGAGCGGGAGCUGGGCGCGAGCAUGGUCCACCUUGAGCUUCUCACCACCCGGCCCGUGCCGUCCAUGCCGGCCUCUGAAAUAGUGCUCAAGGUUACAGUUUUGCCGCUGAGACUGCAUGUCGAUCAAGAUGCGCUUGAUUUCAUCACUAGGUUUUUUGAGUUUAAGGACGACUCGGCUCCGGUCCACGCCUCCCCAACCGACAUCCCCUUUAUACAACGCGCCGAGAUCAACGACAUCCCCAUCAAACUUGAUUUCAAGCCGAAGCGAGUCGACUACGCUGGCUUGCGUUCGGGCCACACAACCGAGUUCAUGAACUUCUUGAUCCUCGAGGAUGCUCGCAUGACCCUGCGCCACGUCAUUCUAUAUGGUGUGUCAGGGUUCGACCGCCUGGGUAUCCAGCUGAACGACCUCUGGACGGACAACGUCAAGAGAACGCAGCUGCCUGGAAUUCUGGCUGGGCUGGCCCCGGUACGCUCGGUUGUGAAUGCUAGUAGUGGAUUUAGAGAAUUGAUCGAGAUUCCUAUCCGGGAGUACCGCAAAGAUGGCCGCAUCGUGCGCAGCAUCGGAAAGGGAGCAGCGGCAUUUGCCAAGACCACAGGCACCGAGGUCGUCAAGCUCGGUGCCAAGCUCGCGAUCGGGACCCAGUAUGCUCUGCAAGGAGCCGAGGGACUCCUCACUUCGAAUCCCCACGGAGAGGGAACGUCAGCUGCUGUGGCGGUAGGGGAAUGGGAGGACGAGAUUCCAGAGGAGAAGAAGCAGAUUAGCCUCUAUGCGGAUCAGCCCUUGGGUAUCAUCCAGGGCAUGAGGGGUGCGUAUGCCAGCUUGGCCAGAGAUCUCUCGAUGGCGAGGGAUGCCAUCAUUGCGGUGCCCGCGGAGGUAAUGGACAGCCAGAGCGCUCAAGGGGCGGCGAAGGCGGUGCUUAGGCGGGCCCCGACCAUCAUAUUCCGCCCCGCCAUCGGAGCUACCAAGGCCAUCGGACAGACUCUUCUCGGGGCGACGAACUCGCUCGAUCCCGCGAACAGGAGGCGAAUGGAUGCCAAAUACAAGAAGCACUAAAUCUCUUGUGCUAUCUACCGCGGCUGGUCAUGACCGCGCUAUCUGAGAACGGGCAGGUGUCUUGUGGAACGUGUGUAUUCUCACCGUCGUUCUACCGAUAUCCCCGACAUGUUUUUUCUUCUGUCACUUUCCAUUGUACUGUACGAACCUUGCAUGUUUUCUUUUGUCAUUCUUGUCUUACACGAGGCCGCAUGAGCUCUAUGAAAGACGGCGCACUAUGACGAUCUCACACACCAGAAUAAUCUGCAUCUAGACUGGCGCUGGACGGAGCA